CGGGUCACGAGGAAACACUUCCGGUGCGUCGGAGCGGCGGGACUGGAGAACUUGGUUCUGGAGAAGGGUGACUCUCAAGAGGCCUCUGGCAGUGGUGACUGAGGCCAUGGCCUCCGACCUAGACUUCUCACCUCCUGAGGUGCCUGAGCCCACCUUCCUGGAGAACCUGCUGCGGUAUGGGCUCUUCCUAGGAGCCAUCUUCCAGCUCAUCUGUGUCUUGGCCAUCAUCGUACCCAUCCCCAAGUCCCAUGAGGCGGAGGCGGAGCAGUCGGAGCCCAGAAGUGCAGAGGUGACGAAGAAGGCCAAGGCCGCUGUUCCUCCCCCCAGCAAGAGGCCAAAGAAGGAGACGAAGAAGAAGCGUUAGAAGAGGGAGCCCACGGCCUUGGCCUUGGGGACAGCCCUCCUGGGAGCCAGCAUCCCGUUUCCUCUCACACACUGUCUCUGUCCUUGGCUCGGGGUCUGAGGAGAUUGAUGACCACAGAGAUCUGAACAGUAGUCCCCAGGCUCCAGCUGUGCAGACCACCACUUCCUCUUCCUUCACUCUGUGGUACAGAGAGCAAGCACUGCCUCGAGGGUUCCGAAGCCAGGACCGAGCCUCGGGUCCAGUGGUCUCAUCACACUGCACUGUGGAGUGUUAUCUAAGGCUGCAGUACAAGCACACCCUCUCCCUGUCACUUCUUUUUUUUUUCUUGUUACUUUUGUGUGCACAGAACUUCACAUGUGUUCAGCCCGCUCACUGCGGCAGCCAGGUCCUGAAGGGGUUGGGGGUGGGGGACAGCAGAAGGCCUGGGCCCAGUGGCGCCUGCACAGGAAGGUGCUAGCUGAACGAGGCCAGAUUCCCUGGGCACAGACUUCGUAAGCCUUUCAAGUGGGCUUGUCACUUUUACACCAACCUCUUUUCACCCACUCUGACAUUCAAGGUGCCUUUGACUGUCCUGUCAUCUCCCCGUGUCUUCAUUCCCUGACCAGUGAAGAACAAGUGUGUGGAGAAGUCAAAGCCAGUAAACUGUCCCACAUGCUGAA